AAUGAAUAAUAAUCAAUACAAAUGUUCCGAAUCCGAUGGGCCGGACAAGAAUUUUAUUAUAAUUAUACCUUGUCAUUAUUAUUGUUAUUUAUGAAAUUAACCAACUUUGAUUGAUGAAUAACGAGCGUGCUAUCAAAAAUACAAACAAUCCACGUCAUAGUCGAUGUUCGUAACGAAGUAAUAAAAUGUAAAAGGACGUUAAUCUCGUCUCAUUUUAGUGAUUUGUUGUACCUGAUGGCGAGAAAAUGCGAGGCACACAAAGAGUUAUUACUUUUUGUCUGCUCACAACGGUCUUACCAGCGAUAUUAAUUAUAUCACCUUUAUAUUUACGCAAUAUAAAAUAUGCUGAUGUUAUGUAUAAAGUGUCGGAUUCGGAUGUAAUACAAAUUCAUAAAGGCCAGUCAUCCAUAUUUUGUGCAAAACAUUCCUUAAAAAUGAAUUCUACUUUUAACGCAUUCCAAAUGAAAGGCAGGCCUGUAUUAUCAAAGAAGAGAAGACAUGUUACAUUAAGAAAGUCUAUGACAUUACCUGAUGACACACUUGAAUACUGGGGUUUUUACCUCUUUGCUGGUGCUGUUGUAGAAUUAAAAGCCUGCUCUCGAUAUGAAGGCUCCAAAAUCAUGGUUGUCACAGGAGACAAAGUAUUUAAUACAUGUGGAAUAUUAGAAGGCGGUAAGAACAAGAAAGACUCACUACUAGUUGAGAAAGAUGGCCAUGUUUCUGUGACUCUUCAAAAUCCUAAAAAUGAAACAGAGAAUUUUGAAACAUUAAGUGAUGACAACAAUGAUGCCAAUGAGGACAUAGCUCCUAUUCCUGGUGAUCAAAGACAAAAAAGAGGUACUGAAUUUUUACCUUUACACAAUCCUAAUACUAUAUUAGAUGCUGGUGUGAAUCAUGGAGGCAAUGCACAAAAUAAUGCAACCAUUGAAAUGGAUAAAUCCGUGUCCAGCUUUGAAAAUAGUUUACAUGAAUGUUAUCAGGAUAAUAUCCUGAUGAACAAUGCUUUCCCAUAUUCUAUACAAUGCAACAAUACACAAUAUUUAGAAACUACAACCACUCUUAAAGUUGUUCAUGAAGUAUCUACAGAUGGCUACUACUAUUAUAUAUUUUACAGUGACAAUGACUUUGUUAAUAAUGAUGUGCAUGUAAUUUUUGAUAUAUACAAACCUACAUUUCAAUACUCAAAUAUUACUGAUACAAAAAUGUGUUUAAAUAAGACAGAGUGUGAAUUUGAUGUUAAUAUGUUUAGUGAAGAGUUAGUUAUUGUUGAGGUGCCUACUACAGAUGGAAUUAAAAAUGAUGAUAACAAUAUACUUAUGUCGGUUUGUCACCCUCGAAUGUCUGUUUACAUAUUCUUCCCAGUGUCAAUGAUUCUCUUUAUUUUGCUGUUUGCAUUUUUAUGAUAUUUGUAUGUAAUUUUAGUAUACUCAUUAUUUAUAAGAAUUAAUUUUACUAAGAGUAUAAUACUGUUACACUAAACUAAUAAGACUGUGAUGAUUAUUGCUUUAUGUGGAGUAUAAAAUUGUGAUAGUUUGUUAUUAAUUUAGGCUUGUUAAUAAGUUUAGUACUUUAUGUUUUAAAUGUUAUAUAAAUAUAUUUUGC